AUGCAGCUGACAUACUAUAUAAGGAAGGUCAAGUCAGCUUUAAACAAUGGGAAAGAAAACUACUUCGAUCAGAGUGAGGAUUCAGCUGCAGCCUAUCGAAUCUUGAACUGGCAAAUGAAACCAGAUGGAACUGUGACGCAAGUUAAGAUUGGAAACUUUAGUAUCUCAGACCCCCCAGAUAAAGCUCUGGUCCUUAACUUAAGUCUGAUCUCAUGGCCUACUGGAGGUCAACAGGUCCCACGUUCUGUCUGUAGCGAGAGUUGUCCUCUGGGAUUUAGGAAGGCAGCUAUUCAGGGCCAACCUAUCUGCUGCCAUGAGUGCGUUCCCUGUCUACAAGAUGAGAUCAGCAAUCAGACAGACUCCAUUAACUGUGUCAGGUGUCCAUGGGACCAGUGGCCGAAUUAUGAAAAAUCCAGCUGUCUCCCAAAACCCUUUGACUUCCUGUCUUAUGAAGAUGUGUUAGGAGCCAUCUUAGCUGCAUCCAGCUUGAUCUCUUCCAUUGUUCCUCUUCUUAUUUUGAGGCUUUUUCUUAAACAUAGAAAUACCCCUAUUGUAAAAGCCAGUAAUUAUUCUCUAAGUUGUCUUUUGUUGAUGUCCCUUUGUCUCUGCUACUUCUCCUCCUUAGGGUUUAUUGGAUAUCCAGAACACACCAGAUGUCUCCUACGUCAGGUGACCUUUGGUCUUGUCUUCACUCUCUGUAUUGCUUGCAUUUUGGCCAAGACGAUCAUGGUUGUUUUUGCGUUCAUGGCCACAAAACCAGGAAGCAGUCUAAGAAAAUGGACCACAUUCCGGGUCUCCUAUACAAUUAUUUUCAUCUGUUGUCUGUUACAGUUCAUCCUGUGUGUCACCUGGUUGUCUGUCUCCCCACCGUUCUCACAACAUAACACUGACAUUAGACCUGAACUCAUUAUUGUUGAUUGUAAUGAGGGAUCACCCAUUGCCUUCUGGACUAUGUUGGGUUAUCUUUUUCUUCUGGCCACCAUAAGUUUUAUUGUGGCCUUCCUGGCCCGAAGACUUCCCGACAGCUUCAAUGAAGCCCAGUAUAUUACAUUCAGCAUGUUUGCCUUCCUCAGUGUCUGGAUAUCUUAUAUCCCGGCCUCCCUCAGUGCUCAGGGCAGGUACACAGUGGCUAUGGAGAUCUUCGCCAUCUUAGCAUCCAGUUGGGCUUUAGUCAUAUGUAUGUUUCUUCCUAAGUGUAUAUUCAUAUUAUUCAUACCUAAGAUGAAUUCUAGGAAAAAUAUCAUAAGAAAAAUCAAGGAUAGCACCGUAUAUGUUCUAUGA